UUAUUGUGAAAAGGCCAGUCUUUGUUUGCCCCAAACAUGUCCCUCCCUUUGGUGCUAUGAUAAUUAGGGCCAGAUUUUAACCUACAGCAAGUGUAAGCACAAGAACGUACACCAAAUGAAGACGUCCGAAUUGCUGUGUAUGAAUUAAUAGCAGUGGCAUUCUGAUAUCUCUGACCUUAUCCAAAUAUUUGUUGUGGCAAUGUCUCCAGUCUCAUGUUAUCUGCUGGUGUUCAUAUCAGUCCUGUCAUUGAGCAUGGUAACAGAGGGACAGACAGCACCAGUGAUAUUCUAUCCAUUCGGCUCAGUGGCAGGAGACACCGUUAAUAUUGCCACUGAGGAUGAAAACUCCCAGCUUAUCGACCUGUGGAGUCCUUUUGUGUUCUUUGGGCGUGCGUACAACAGGACAUAUGUUAACAGUAAUGGAGACCUUACAUUCAACCGGUCUUCAUCAGAGUUUAUUUCUCAACAAUUUCCCAUCAAUGGAAGCGAAGACAUCAUUGCUCCCCUCUGGACUGACAUUGAUGUCAGUGAGAAUGGCAUCAUCUCAUAUCAGCAGUACUCAACUGGGAGUGUUCUCACGCGUGCCACUCAGGAUAUAAACCAGUACUUCCCUGGUCUGAACUUCAUGGCUAUUUGGGUCCUUGUUGCAACUUGGGAUAGAGUUGCGUACCAUUACCACUCUGGCACAGAAACAUCGUUUCAAGUGGUUUUGAUUUCGGGUAGUGAUUUGUCUUUUAUUCUCAUGAAUUAUGGUGACUGUGCUGUGACAUAUAAUAUUGUGCAGGCUGGUUAUGACACUAUAAACUCCACAGCCUACUUUGCAAUUCCUGGGUCAAACAAUGGGAGCUUUAUGCCAAACCUAAAGAACUCCACCAAUGUCAAUGUUCCAGGCCGAUGGGCCUUCAGGGUGGAUGGUGGACCACAUCAAAACAGUCUACAAGAAAAUGUCAUAGGAAUUCAAAUGAGAGUUACUUCAUAUUCAGACCUAAGAGACAGUGCAAACAUUGAGACUGUUAUAGAGAAACUACAACAGGAGCUGAUCAAAUACGGUCUGCCAAACAGCGUCAAACUGAACCUAAGAAGGGUGCAAAAGAUUCAGCCCUAAUAUCAGCUUCGUACAAGGAAAGAAAUCCUAACAGAGA